AUGUAUAGAGGUCGAAACGCCGCCGUGAACGGUAGGAGCAAACGCGAAUCUGCAAAAUACCACGAUGAAAAAAACGCUCAGGGAGACAAAUCCAUGUACGUAAAUAUCUCCUAUCAUAUUAGGAAAUUAUUUAGUUAUUGCGAUGCGGAUAUACAAAGAAUAGAACACAACUUAAUCAUAUAUAACAGCUUAAUAGACAACAUAAAAAAGAAUGGGAACAAAAUUGUAAAAAAAGAGGUGGAAAAAAUAAUCAGGGAAAAGGAAAAAAAUGAGAAUUAUUCCCUGGCAGAAAUGAAGGAAGAGGAAUACAAGAUAAGCAACUUCGAUUUAAAGAAGGUGGAACUGGAUUUUAAAUUCAUCGAAUGUAGUCUAUGUUUCGAGUUAAUCAAAUUUGUGUGCAUACAAGAAUGCAACCAUACUUAUUGCUUCCUAUGCUUUUAUCGUCUCUUGUAUAUGCAAAAGAAGGAAAAGGAUGAGAAUGAGGAGAAUAACAGAGGGACCAACACCCCUCAUGACAACACCAGCAGCAGCAGUAGUGCGUACACGAAUUAUGUAAGUAAUCGUAAUCGUGCAGGAAAUAGAAAUAACUAUGGGUACCCCGAUGACUAUGGAGGCAGGAGGGGAAGCGCAGGGGCAGGAUCAGGAGGGUCAUUUGGUGAUAUGACCAGACCGGCGAGUGACAAACGAAGGGAUGGAAAGGACGAAAAAUAUAACUAUGAAUUUGAUAAGGAUACAAUGAAAUGCCCAUUCUGUAAAGAAACAAAUGGGUACAUCUUUUUUUGUUUAAAUAAUUUCUAUACGUAUUUUACGUAUGGCAAUUUAUUGCACACUCUGCUUGAACAGGAAGAUCACGAGCGGUGCGUCAGUUACGAGUCUUCUCAGUUUGGGGAGCUCAACGGUAGUAGUUCUCACAAAAGGGAGGACCUCACAAGGAAGAGUGCACAGGGAGGCUCCACCCCGUUGACUGAAUCCCCACGUAGUAUUAUUUCAAUCAACAGGGCCUCUCUAUGUGCACACGAAAGGGUGGAAGGAGAACAAUUUAUGGGGGAAAUCCCCGCAGCGAAUGUAGGCCAACCUCCCCCAAAGGUGGGAAUUCAAAAGGGAAUAAACUCACCUACUGUUACAGAAAAAGGAAUGGAUGGGUGUCUCCCCAGUAAAGAACAAAUAAACUGUAUGAGCAGAAAUGAUAUCAAGAAGGUUUUCUCAUCCCAUUAUGAUGACGUGAUAAUUUUACGAAAUAUUUUAAAAAAAAACGAGGACAAUAAUGCUAAUGGAGGAAAUAGCAGUGCAGCUAAGAAGGGUGAAAAUUUAUAUUUGUUUUUUUAUUACGAAAAGUAUACUAAAAGGAAAAGAGAAAAAAUAAGGUACCUCCUAAACGGAGGAGUGAACACAGAGAAGAAGUAUGCAUUGUAUGGAAAAAUAUUUGUAGACACAGAAAGGAAGGUGUUCUUCGAAUAUUUUUACAUUUACAGUCUGUCAACCCUGUUAACAAGUUACGUUUGUCUUCUCUCCCCUUGUAUCGAUUACUGGACCCAAAUACUAAUUAAAAAGGUGGAAAAAUUUAAACAAAAUCAUUCCACAGAUAAGUACUUUGAACGUAUUUACAUAAAAAAUGAGAGAGACAUUUUGCGAAAAAAAAACGAUUCCAUAUAUGACAAGUAUCAACAAUAUGGGAACAAAUUAUUUCGUAUAAAGGAGGAGGAGUCCGAGGUAUCGGAUGACUAUUUCCGAGCUGUGGAUCUGUUUACCAAGACAUGCUUUACCAAUCUGGACAAUAUAAAUAAUAUUAAUUCUUUGAAAAAUUACUGCCACAGAAGAUUAAGCGACUUGUGCAGACACAUGAAUGAGCAUAACAGGACUUAUUGUGACAUCUGUGUUGGCAACAGUGAUAAUAUUUUCCUCUUCGAGUAUAAUAUAUUUUUUAAAAGGUUUUUAAAAAUGCACGUUGAAAAUGGGGAGAAGAUUGCAGAAAAUAAAUUUAAAAUAAGGCACAUUUAUUGCCACUUUUGCGGAUUCUAUCUGUACGAUUUUGAUACCUUCAUGAAUCACAUUAACAAGUACCACUUUUUUUGCAAAUUCUGCUUUAAUAAGAGGCCCAGCGAUGUGAAGGAAGCGCCCAAGGGGGACUUGGAGGAGGACGUCGUCUACUAUGACCAGCUGCACACGCAUGUCUACAGGGAUUACGAAAAUCUGUUCGAGCACUACAAGAAGAAGCACCACCCCUGCCUGUACGAGCAGUGCAUCUUCGUCGUCUUUGACAAUAAGAUAGAUCUGUGCUUCCACCUUGCAGAGAAGCACGAGGAGAAGGGGAACACCAAGAGGAAUAAGAUAACUUUUUCCAUUGCGGGGGCUUCGUACAAUGAGAUAAGAAGUAGUGCCCAGAACGGGGCAAGCAGUUACAACGGGGGGGCAAGUAGUUACAACACAGGGGCGAAUAGUUACAAUACCGGGGUGAGCAGCCUGCACAACCAACGCAUCGAGGAAGACGACCUCGCCGGAGAGAACAAGGAACCAUUCGACGUGAACAGACACAAGUGCAUAUACAACUUUAAAAGUUUCCAGGACGCAUGGUACUUCGACUACUUCAUCGAGUGUAAAGUGAAGGAUUUUUUAAACUAUUUUGGAAGCAGCGAAAAAAUCUUUUUCCUAUACAUGGUGAAAAGAGACAUGGAAACCAUUCUGAAAGUAUUUGAAACGUUGUCUAAUAAAAAAUCAGAGUUGUAUUUUACGCAGGAGGAGAUAAUACAGCUGAACAGGAAGAUAAUUGAGGAGGACUUCCCCCAGGAUCGAAACAACUUUUUCCAUUUUAAAUUGUUUUUUGAUUAUAUAGUGGAGAAAAUAGAGUACUUAUCUUAUAAUAAGGAAGAUUUGGAGAAAAAUUAUUUGUACCUUUUUUUUAAUAUCAUAAUUAAUAGAUCCUUUAUUUUGUACUAUUCUUUUUUUUAUCUCUUCUUGAAGUGGAGGCAUGUUCGCCUUGAGAAGGUCAUUGAAUUGGGGAGCGUCCCAGCAACGGCUACUGUAACCGGGGGGCGUGCUUCUAGGGGGGGCAUGAAUAACGGAACAAAUGGUUGCCCCCCUAACAGCGUGAAUAACGACAAAAUGAAGCAAAUUUAUGUGUGUUCACACGAAAUGACCCAAGUGAAGAAGCGGAUAGAAGCAGAAGCCAGUUGUGGCCCGAUCGAACUGACCAAAUACGGCUUCCUAUAUUUGAUCUUUUUAUUUUUUAAAGUUGAAAAGCAUGGAUUUGAUAAGGUGUGUUCUUUAAUUAGGAAUAUUUCGCACCUGUGCAGUCAGACGUAUGAUAGGGUGGAGAGAGCGACGAAGAAAGGGGACACAUUCUCGGGGCGGGAUGCCUACAAUGGAAAAGCUCCCAAGUCGAGUACCUUAAAAAGCAACCCAAGUGGUGCCCAUAAAAGUAAUAGCAACAGCAGUAGUAACAUUCUGAUAGCGUUAUCUACACACCAAAGCGAAAGAACAAAGGGGGAUGUGCGAAAUGGGAAUACCCUGCUAGAUGCAAUUAACGUCAACAGUAGCAACGAAUUGAACGACCUGGAAGAUAUUAGCCAACUAAUUAAAAAAACCAUGAAGAAGAAAAACCCAAACAGCAACAUAAUAAAUAAUCUGUACGAUAAGAAAUGGGAUGUUUGUAAGAAAGUGGUCCUGGAUUUGCUGUACUAUGUAGAACCCAACUUAAACUUGGUUUCCUUCUUUUACCUUUUUCUGAGCAACUACUUUUCAGCCUACAUGAAGGAGACAUGUAUAAAUAAGUUUAUUAACAUCUCUAGUGAAAACAAGAAGAAAAUUGUUAAGAGAAUAUCCAACGAAGUCGACUUGACUUCUCUCACAAGCAUCUCCAAAAAUCUAAGUUCCUUUGUUAACGCGAAGGCUCUGGAGGAGUGCUUGUCCACUGGCCCGGAGUACUAUCGAAUUAGGAAAGAAAUAGAAGUUAUUCUACGGAAAAUGCGAACUGAGCAGGCUGACAAGGGGGACCACCAUGAGGUGAACAGAAAGAAGGGGGAUCAUCAGAACUAUCGGGAUAAGCCAUUGCAGGAUGAAAGGAAACACCACGUGAGAAUUAUGGAGGACGCCAGAUUGAGUGCAAACCUUUACGAUGUGUCCCUUUCGCUUAGAAACCGAUUCCUAAAUAUUAUAAAAAGUACCAAGGUGAAUGAGCUGUACUUUAUUUAUUUCUACGUGAGCAGCAUAAUGUCUUCCACCACCCCAAGUAGUUUACCCAAAGCGGUGGAAGAGUUCCCCACACUGAAGGACAGAUCCGAAUGGGUGAACGAAAGAAGUGGGGGUGGCGGUAUAGGGACCACUGGCAGACAUAGCAGUCUAACCAGAGCAAGUAACAUUUCCAGGAAUGGUACAGUAGGCACUGCAAGUAGUACCGGGAAAAGCACAACAGGUGGAGGAAAGGAUGCUUCCCUAUCAUCCAUGUCGUACAAAAAUAAAGUUGAUAAGAACAAACAGCUAUUUUCAAACUCGAGCAGAUUGAACCUCGACUUGGAGUUCCCUUCUUUACCAGAGAAGAAGCAGGAAGAGAUAAUUCAGGCACCACAAAAGAGUACUACUUCUAAGAAGAACAAAACAAAGGAAAAUGCUACAACCUCGAACAAUGCCGUGGCGAUAGGGAAAGCUGCAAACAGUCAUGUGCUAACCAACAGUUUGAAAAACAAAAAAGAACGUGAGGAAAACUCCACUGUCGAAAAUAAAAACAAAAAUAGUGGCGGAACUGCAGAUUUUAAUUUUGCCAAUUAUCCCCUACUAGCCGGACUCAAUGUAGACUCUAAUUCAGCCAAAAAAGGGAAAAGCAAAAACAGGGACACUGGGGAAGGGGAGACCAAGGACAAGAAGUCUAAGUCCACAUCGAAGGAAAAGACAAGUGCAGCUAAAAGUAAUAAAAGUCAUGAUAUUCUGAAAACGUUUAGUCCUCUUGAAUUUCCAUCCCUGCUUCCCUUAGCCCCCAUCGAUAACCAGAAAAAAAAAAGCAACCAAAGCAGUACUAACCUUGCCAGUGUAAAUAAUGUGAGUAGUAAAACCAAGUCAGAGAAACAAAAGAAAAAAAGCGAAAAGAAGAACAUCGAUAAUCAGUUCCAUCAUCCAACGCUCUCUCUCAACAACACGUCGUACUUAAACGUCCCCGAAAGUAACGUCACCUACACCAUUAAGAAGAAAAAUAAAUUCAAGAGAUGCAAUAUGUGCACGUAUGAUAAUACGCCCGAACGGACGAGGUGCGAACUGUGCGAAAGUCCCUUGUGA